AUGAAGAAGCUGUGUGGUUUCACUAUUUUCUUUUUUCUUCUGAAUUUUUCUCUCAUCUUGUGCUGUUUGACUGAACUCAGUUGCUUUUGGAGGAUAAAUAAUAGUGAAGAUAAUGAUGGGCAUUUGAGAAGUGACUGUGGUUUUACUCUUUAUACAUUCGAGGAAGCUUUUGAAGACAAUAAUUGUAAUGAACUUACUUCUUUAAGAAUACAAAAAAGAAAAUCUGAGUUUCUUCUGGUAAUGAUUUUUGCUGCUGAGGAGAUCAACAAGAAUCCUUAUCUUUUACCCAACAUGUCUUUGAUAUUUGACAUCAUUGUUGGCCUAUGUGGAGAUACAUUGGGACUUCUGGAUUUAGUAUAUUCACAACAAAACCAUAGUUUGGAUUUUAUUAAUUAUAUCUGUGGAUUAGAUCCAACGUGUGGUGCAGACAUUAUAGGACCAUCAUGGAAAUCAUCCUUAAGACUAGCACUUUAUUCUAGGACACCAACGGUUUUCUUUGGACCAUUUAAUCCGAACCUAAGUGACCAUGACCAGUUGCCCUUUGUCCAUCAGGUAGCCACGAAGGACACCCAUUUGUGUUAUGGCAUGGUCUCCUUGAUGCUUCAUUUUAGAUGGACUUGGAUUGGACUGAUCAUCUCAGAUAAAGACCAGGGUAUUCAGUUUCUCUCAGACAUGAGAGAAGAAAUGCAAAGGCAUGGGAUCUGUUUACCUUUUGUGAAUGUGAUCCCAGAAAACACGCACUUAUACAUGACAAGGGCUAAGGUAUAUGAUGAACAAAUUACAACAUCAAGAGCAAGGGUUGUUAUCAUUUAUGGUGACACGAACUCUACUGUAGAAAUCAGCUUUAGAAGAUGGGGAUAUUUAGGUGCUCAGAGAAUCUGGAUCACAACCUCACAAUGGGAUGUUAUCACAAAUAAAAAAGAUUUCACCCUUGAUUUCUUCCAUGGGACUGUCACUUUUGCACACCACAAAUGUGAGACUGCUAAACUUAGGAAUUUUAUGCAAACAAUUGACACUGAGAAAUACCCCGUAAGCAUUUCUGACUCUGUCCUGGGGUGGAAUUAUUUUAAUUGUUCAAUCUCUAAGAACAGCAAUAAAAUGAUUCCUUUUACAUUCAUCAACACAUUGGAAUGGACAACACUGCACAAAUAUGACAUGGUCCUGAGUGAUGAAGGUUAUAAUUUGUAUAACGCGAUUUAUGCUGUGGCCUACACCUACCAUGAACUCAUUCUUCAACAAGUAGAGUCUCAGAAAAUGGCAGAACCCAAGGGAGUAUUCAUGGACUGUCUGCAGAUGGCUUCCUUGUUGAAAACCAGGGUAUUUACUAACCCUGUUGGAGAACUGGUGAACAUGAACCAUAGAGAAAAUCAGUGUGAAGGGUAUGACAUUUUCAUCAUUUGGAAUUUUCCACAAGGCUUUGGAUUAAAAGUGAAAAUAGGAAGCUAUUUUUCUUGUUUCCCACAGAGUCAACAACUUCACAUAUCUGAAGACCUGGAGUGGGCCACAGGAGGAACAUCAGUGGGUAUACCACAGGUUCCCUCCUCUAGGUGUAGUGUACCAUGUACUGCUGGAUUCAGGAAAAUUCAUCAGAAAGAAACAGCAGACUGCUGCUUUGAUUGUGUCCAGUGCCCAGAAAAUGAGGUUUCCAAUGAAACAGAUAUGGAACAGUGUAUAAGGUGUCCAGAUGAUAAGUAUGCCAACUUACAGCAAACCCACUGCCUCCAAAGAUCUGUGUCCUUUCUGGCUUAUGAAGAUCCAGUGGGGAUGGCUCUAGCCUGCAUGGCUCUGUCCUUCUCGACCAUCACAAUUCUAGUACUUGUCAUUUUUGUGAAGCACAAGGAUACUCCUCUUGUGAAGGCCAAUAACCGCAUUCUCAGUUACAUCCUGCUCAUCUCCCUCAUCUUCUGUUUUCUUUGUUCAUUGCUCUUCAUUGGACAUCCCAACCAGGCCACCUGCAUCCUGCAGCAAACCACAUUUGGAAUAUUUUUCACAGUGGCUAUUUCUACCGUGUUGGCCAAAACAAUAACUGUGGUCCUGGCUUUCAAGCUUACUACUCCUGGGAGAAAGAUGAGAGGGAUUAUAACAACAGCACCUAAGUUGGUCAUCCCCAUUUGUACCAUGAUCCAACUUGUUCUCUGUGGAACCUGGUUGGUAACAUCUCCUCCCUUUAUUGACAGAGAUAUACAAUCUGAAUAUGGGAAGACUGUCAUUAUUUGCAACAAAGGCUCUGUCAUUGCUUUCCACUUUGUCCUGGGAUACUUGGGUUUCUUGGCUCUGGGGAGCUUCAUUGUGUCUUUCUUGGCUAGGAACCUUCCUGACAGAUUCAAUGAAGCCAAGUUCCUAACUUUCAGCAUGCUGGUGUUCUGCAGUGUCUGGAUCACCUUCCUCCCUGUCUACCACAGCACCAUGGGAAAGGUCAUGUUAGUUGUGGAGGUCUUCUCCAUCUUGGCUUCAAGUGCUGGGUUGCUAGGGUGUAUUUUUGUCCCAAAGUGUUAUGUUAUUUUAUUGAGACAAGAUUUAAAUUCUGUUCAGAAAUACAAAGAUAAAUUUCAUCAUUGA